CCACUGCAGCGCACUGAUUUUAAAAUACAUAUAUGUUCCUGCUGUGACAGUACAUACACACACACACACACGCACAAACACAACUAUUGGGACUUAUUCUGAGGAGCUGCGUCUCAGAUUUCCGCGAGGUAUUCCCGAGGUCCAACUGACAGUCGGUGUUCUACAAAGACAAUAUCUUGAAGCCAGAUGAACCACAUGCAUAUUAAAACAGGAAAGAUGAUUCCCUUUGUUCCUGCAAAAUGAUUUAUUUUUGGGAGUGAACAGAAGAGAAGCACUUUGUAAAGAUGCCAUCACUAUCCUGUGGAAGGGAGAGUCUGAAGUGAUGGAGAACCGAGAGGAAAGCCCUGCAGAUGACCAGGCGCCAACACCUUCAGAGCGAGGAGUGCUCCACAUCUGGCAGUCAGCGGGUCCCAGUUCGCAGCUCUGUCCAGAGAGAGUGCUGCUCUCCAGGCCUGUCCUUCAGGCCAGCCUGGGAGAACACCAUGGACUCCUGCUGAUGCAGGGUGGAGAAGUCUAUUCCUUUGGAGAGCUGUCGUGGAGGGGUUUGAGUAUUCCAGCGUCUGCUCCGUUGCUGGAGGUCUCUCUGCUGGGGACGACCGUGGUCCGUGUGGCUGCUGGUGGUUUCCACUGCGGAGCGCUAAGCGAGCAGGGUAACGUCUACAUGUGGGGGGAGAACACUGCAGGACAGUGUGGGCUCACGGAAAGGGGCACAGACACAAGCAUCACAGUUUCAGAGCCUUCACCGGUCACUGUGGUGGACAGUGAUGUCGUUCCUCCAGCAGUCGUUCGAGUUGUGUAUCUAGCUCUUGGACGGGAGCACAGCCUGGCUCUGUCGGCCCAGAACGAGCUCUGGGCGUGGGGAAGCGGCUGCCAACUUGGCCUGGUCACCAACACCUUCCCUGUGUGGAGACCACAGAAGGUGGAGCACUUGGCAGGCAGACAUGUACUUCAGGUGGCUUGUGGUGCCUACCACAGCCUGGCCCUGGUCCGCAGUUUGCCUCAACAGAAUACCCAGAAUCCUUCUGAGAAGACACAGCGGGGUCGGUCACCUCACUAUUCAGUGACAGAAAGGGAGGAGUCGUUUGCAGCUGAUACUGGUCACUACUGUCCGCUUGGAGUGGAGCUGACUGAAGUCAUGACAGAUGAGACCUCUUCAAGAAGAAGAGACCUUAGACGAAGAUUACAACCUGGGGAAAGGAAGAAUAUUCCAGUUAGGCCCCCUCAGCCCCUCAAUGAAACUGAUGGCAGCCCCAAGUCUCACACACUGUCAGACUGGAGAACCAAUAAGAACCCUGCCUUCCCUGACGAAGCAGAACUUCAGAACCUCCUCCAGAAACUCUCCAGUCACUCAUUGGAGAUGCGCCAGUCCACCGGGCCUGGAGAUACCGACUCACUGAGCAGUUACACUUCAGAUGACAGCUGUGUUUCCUCAAGUCCUUCCACGGAUCUGUUGACUUCCAGUUACAAAGAGGAUUCACCAAUUAAAAGUCAAACCAACAAUGAAGUGGCGUACUCCUCCUCGUCUGUGUCUUCGGAAGACGUUCGUCUUUGUCUGGAGACGGAGAAGCAGGCACUGCAGGGACCAUAUAGCACCAGUCUCACAAAUAUAAAUCAGAAGGGGAAAGCAGCAGGACAUAGGAGACGCUCUCUGCCAGGAAUACCCACCCGUGGGUCUCCAGGGCAACAGGGGUAUUGCGCCUGCAGUCCGUCCUCGUCCUGUCGGACGCAGGCUGCAGCACCGGAGGACGCGGGAGAAGGGCUGCCGUCUCUGGAGACAGAAGUGUGGAGCUGGGGCCGCGGGUCUGAGGGGCAACUGGGACAUGGGGAUCAGCUCGCCAGACUCCAGCCUCUGUGCAUCAAGGGUUUGACCGGCGAGGAGGUGAUCAAAGUCGCCGCAGGUUCACACCAUUCACUGGCUCUCACAGCUCACUGCCAGGUGUACUCGUGGGGAAGCAACAUGUGUGGACAGCUCGGACACGUCAACAGUCCUGUCACUGUACCUCAACAGACAAAGCUGUCUGAUGAUCUUCGGGUUUGGGACGUGACCGCCGGUCAGAGCCAUUCCCUCUUCCUGGCUGAUGGAGACUGUGUCCAGCCGGUCCUGUUGUACUGCGGCCAGCAGCAAGAGCCAAGGUCAAUGCAGAGAGAGAGGUCAUGCCAAACUCAAAGGUCACCCAACAGAGCACAGAGUUAUACAGUCAGACCCAACCUGCUGCCCUUCUGCAUAGAGAUGGGCUAUAUUAGCGGUGUUUGCAGCGGAGGUCAGAGCUGUGCGGUGUUGGCAGACCAGAACAUCAUGGGUUUUAUCUCAGCGAUCCAUGAGCUGGCCUCCAGAGAGAGACAAUUUUACUGCUGGUUGAGCAGCGUGAAGACGCUCCUCCUCACACCACUACAGAACAGAGAGAGCGCGUGUCCGUCGUUAGGGGAGCCAUGCACUCAUCUCUUCUUCUCUCUCUGUGAGAGUUUUGUUCGUCUGAGCUUCCUGAUUGGUCGACAGUCCACGUCACUCAGCUACUUCCUGCAUGAUGUGCAGGGUUGUGAUGUCACUUCCCUUCCCUUGCUGACGCACACUAAGCACUUUCUGGAGAUUUAUAAAGAGUAUUGUUCUUCAGUCGGUAACUUCCAGGUGAUGGGUGGAUUCCGAUCUCUCCAUAAACUCUCACUUGAGUGUUUAGGCUCUCAGGAGACCGUGCUCGCUCAGCUGUGUGUAUCAGACCAGUCCGUCAGUGGUAAUGUUGAUCUGGUUUCCUUGAUGUACUGGCCUCUGCAGCAGCUCCACCAGUACAGCCGAGUCCUGCUCAAACUGGCAGCAUGUUACGAUGUGUUAACUACAGAGUACCAGUCCCUCCAUCAGGGCUGUAAUCAGUAUGACUCCCUGUCUGUGUCCCUGUUGAGGAGGAAGAAGGAGGCUGAAGCCACCUUCCUCUUCUGGAGUAUCCACUCUGGAAAAACUACUGAGGUCCUGCGUCUCCCGCAGCGUCGUGUGGUGUGUGAAAGCAGCAACAGAUCUCUGACUCUGCAGAACGCCGGGCGGUUUUCCAACCACUGGUUCAUACUGUUCAAUGACACACUGGUGCACACCCAGGGUGCCAUUCCCUCUCAGAGCCUUUUCGCCAUGCAUCACAUCUACCCUCUGACCAGUCUGUGGGUGAAACCAGUGACAGAAGACAGCAGCGGACUCUAUGCCAUCAAAGUAACAUGCCCAGAGGAGAGCUUCACCCUGGUGGCCUCGACACCACAAGAGAAGAACAAGUGGCUACGGUCUCUUAACCAGGCGGUGGAUCAGGUGCUGGGAGGUCCAGGUCAGGGAUCGUCGCCGGGGUUGACAGCAAUGACUCGCACGGCCUCCUACAAGUUCACUGGAGAGGGCCGGUUUAAAGAUGCCCAGUACACCGGGGGCUGGCUGGCAGGACGAGUUCAUGGCAGAGGCACCAUGAAGUGGCCAGAUGGACGGACCUACAAUGGGAACUUUAAGAACGGACAGGAGGAUGGCUAUGGAGAGUGUGUCCUGCCUGACAAAGUGCUGAAUAAGCCAGACAACUACCAUGGACUCUGGAGAGAUGGCAAGAUCCAUGGUUUCGGCAAGUACAAGUAUGCCAGUGGCGAGGUGUAUGAGGGCUGUUUCUCGGAUGGGCAGAGGCACGGUUAUGGCAUGCUGAACUCCGGCAAUCUGGCCAAAAAGUCUGCCAGCGUUUUCAUUGGCCAGUGGAUCCAUGACAAGAAGACGGGAUACGGAGUCCACGAUGACAUCACCAGAGGUGAGAAGUACAUGGGACUGUGGUCGGACGAGCAGCGGCAUGGCAACGCUGUUGUUGUCACCCAGUGCGGUUUGUACUAUGAAGGGACCUUCAGAGACAACAAGAUGUGUGGCCCAGGUCUGUUGGUGUCAGAUGAUGACACAGCGUUACAUGGAGAGUUUUCUGAUGACUGGACUGUCGACGGAAAGGGUAUUUUGUCCCUGGCUAACGGCGACUACUUGGAGGGCGUGUUCAGCGGAGAGUGGACCGCAGGACUGAAAGUAGUUGGAACGUACAUCAAACCAUCCGUGGAUGAACCGGAAAACAAAGAGAGAAACAGCCUGCUCCGGGUGGGUCAGCACGCGGUGCCUGCAGGUCAGAGGUGGCUCUGUGUGUUUGACGAGUGUUGGAGUCGGCUUGGCUGUGAUUCUGCUGGGAGAGGAGAGAGGGCUGCAGCCUGGGACAACAUCGCUGUAACCAUAACAACUGCAAGACGACAAAGCCCAGCUCUCAGUAGGUCUCAGAGUAAAGUAUUGGAGUGUUUGGAGUUCAUUCCUCAGCACGAAGAACCGGUGACCACGGCAAACUACGCCAACAUCCGUAGAUACCUCAUCAAGGCGUGUGAGACCCCUCACCACCCUCUGGGCUGGCUGGUGGAGACAUUGGUGACGGUCUACAGGAUGACCUAUGUCGGUGUGGGAUCCAACCGCCGGCUGCUCAGGCAGGCCGUCCAGGAGCUUCUGGCCUACCUCACUCAUUUCUUCUGCAUCGUCAGGUUUCUGUUUCCAGGGCUACCAGAUGAUGGAGGCGUCAUCCCAGAACCGUCUGCCUCUCCAUCUAAAAGCAAACAGAACGCUAACAUGGCAGAGCAAGUCGGUGUUAUGGUGGUGAGCUGCUCCUCCCUGCUCCUCCCUCAGCUGCUCCCUCGACUCUACCCUCCUCUCUUUACCCUGUACUGCCUGCAGCAGGAGCAGGCGGAGGCCGAGUACUGGCAGCGCAUCCUCCAACAAAACAAACAGCCCGACCAGUCACUGCUCAACUUCCUGGGAGUGCAGGAGAAGUUCUGGCCAGUGUGGGUUUCAAUUCUGGGAGAGAAAAAACAGAUUGUGUCCAGCAGUAAAGAUGCCUGCUUUGUUUCUGCUGUAGAGACACUCCAACAAAUCAGCACCGCCUUCACUCCAUCAGACAAACUCCUCGUCAUUCAGAAGACGUUUGAGGAAUUGACCCAGGAAGUAAAAUCUAUGCUAGAUGACAACUUCGUGUGGUGCAUGGAUGACCUUCUCCCUCUCUUCAUCUAUGUGGUGCUCAGAGCAAGGAUCAGGAACCUGGGAGCUGAGGUCAGUCUGAUCGACGAUUUAAUGGACCCCAACAUUCAGCACGGAGAGAUGGGCCUGAUGUUCACCACACUGCAGGCCUGCUACUCCCACAUCCUGCAGGAGUCUGCUAUGUAGGAGCAGAGAAGAAGAGUGACACCGAGGAGCAGCCAGAACAAAACCAGUCAAACCACCUGGAUUCUACUGGGAAGCUGCACAGACCGACGGAGGGAGGUGGAAGCGUCACUCCUUCUCCUUUUGUCAAACGGGAGAAUGAUGUCGUUGACCUGUCAGUAUGUUACAGCACACCAAGUGUCUUUCUUUUGUAUAUUACGUUUUCAUAGGACACACAUCGCCCUCUUCUGGACAAGAAAACUACUUUAUUGUCCUCGAUGUUACAGUCGAUGUUCUUUCUUCAGAAAUACUUUAUAUUAAUGCAGCAGCUCGUUUUCUCUCCUUUCUGAACUCACUGUGCUGACAACGUUCUCGCAAAGAGUGUCACAGCAGUUCAGUUCUCAUUCAUUACUUUACAUAGUAUACACUAACAGAUGAAAUACACAGUGAUGUCACUGUAAGUUGUUGCACUCUAGAACACUCAAAGCAAAGAUAACUGAUCAGAUCAGAUUCUAAAGUGAGCAUAAGGGGCAAGUGAAAGUAUGAAAUAACAAUGUAGAUAUUGUUUUAAUGACCAGAAGAUCCACAAAGGGAACUGCAAGGUUUUAAAGUAUAAUUUAUGUCUUUACAUGCAUUCAUUUAAUGAUAAAUCUCAACUACACUAAAUGCACUGUUGAAAAUCAACAAUGAAGCCUCAGCGCAGCAUCAUCACUGCAUACAUUAGACUGUAUUUGGUAACUGAAGAAACAUGUUGUGCUGUUGGUACGCCGUCGGUUUUGUAAAACCAAGAUUUUCUCGCACGUGAUUCUGUUUGUAGCACUCUCAGUAGUGUGAGCGCUGUGUUUUCAUUACUUUACACUGUUCCCAGAGCAACAUCAGGAGGCACAGAUGGAGGUGACAACAGUGUUUUACUAUCUGCGGGAAAUCAAAACAACGAUCAGCUUCAGGCACUAAAUGUCGUAGGAGUUCAAUGUCUUCCUCAGAAGCCAAACCAAAACUUCCAGGUCAGAAAGCUUCAUUUUUUAUUUAACAGUAUGUUCAUGCAAACGUAAUAUAGUCUGCAAACAAAAGUCUCACUUUGUUUGCAUUUAAAUGAAAAGGGCUACAUUUUCCCAUCCCACUCCCCUUACGUGGACCCCUUUAUAACUUUCGAAUGCAGGAGAGUUCAAAACAUCACACUCAACAGUUUCAAAUGAUUUGUAUUCCUUCAUCUUUUAGGCCUUGUACUCUCCUGUAAUGCAAUCCUAACGUGUGUGUGUGCGCGUGCGCCCUGCAUCAGUUAUUCUCAGGUCUUAACUUCUGAUACUCACAUGUAGUAAACAGUAAGCUGACCAGUCGGCCGGUGACAUGUCAUGACAGAGUUUUUUUUAAACGUUAUGUAAUUAUUGAGGGAACACUGAAUAGUUGAGAAUUAUGGAAAUGGGCAUUCCUUUGUUGAUAUUGCAUUUAGUUUGUGUGUUUGUGUAUGAACGAGCUAAUAUGAACAAGUUUAACGAAGAACACUUUUAAUGUUACACUGACAGCUUUUUAGUUUAGUUCGGCAAACAGCCAGGAAUUUAUAUUCACAACUUUUAAAAAAUAUAUAUAUAUAUAUAUAUAUACAAAUUUCAGGAUUUAUCCCUGUCUCAAACAGUCAUAAUGUUAUCGGUCCUCUUAGCUUGUGUGCAGGAUUUGUCCAAAAAAAAUAUCGUCUGCCGAUUUCAGUGAAAUUUGGUGGAAGGUUGACCCCCAAAAAGUGAUGACUACUUGUUGUGCACGCAAUAUAUAUAUAUAUAUAUAAUUAGAGAGAGAUGCAUUCUUCCAUUCACUAUUUUCUUACGAGCUACUGCACUUCCUCAAAUGAAAACAUGGCAUGUGUAUGCCAUGAUUGUCGUAUCACUGUGUUUGAAUGCAGCUUAUUAACUUGAACAUCAAGGUACUUGUUUAUUUUUCUAUCUGUUUGUUUUUUGACCCUUUCAUCUGUAAAUGUAUUUUCACAUCUGUUUGUGACAUCAGAAUGAUAACUUUCAGUACUUUGUAUCAUUGUUACUUGUUCUGGCAAAAGAAAAGGUUUAUGAUUACAAUUUGGCAAAACAUUUUAGCCCCCAGAAUAGUCCCGACCUCAGCAAUCGUCAUAUUUGUUUUUGUAUAAAAUUAGUAUUAAUGUUUCUAUUUAUAAGAACCUGGGACCUUCAAAUCACUUUCAAAGGAAUUGUAUUUCAUUUAUUUAUUAUUAGAAGCAAUAAAAAAUAUUUAUUAGAGGUAUAUUAAAAAUAUAAAUCCUAUAUCAGAGAAUUUACCACAACAUCGUGUGGAUAUUAAUCAUCCCUGUGGAGACGAACACAACUAUAGAGGUUUUUAAGAAUCGCCAUCAUGUUACUGAUGAACUGAGCUCGUUUUUGAGUAACCAGGAAUAAAACUGCAGAAAGUUCAGACUGAAUUGCAGAAUACAACAAAAAUAACUGGCCAAUAUUACAGAAAAGCAGCUGUUGGAUUCAAAAUCUCGUUCUCUUUUCCAGCGUUGCUGACGUGUGUUUGACUCUAUUGUUACUUAUGCAUAAUGUAAACUUGUGUUGCGAUGGAUUUUCUUUUCUUUUUGCUUUUAAAACAACUUUAAUUUAGUUAAAUACAGCGGUGAUAACGAAGGAUGGAGACGAAAGCAUUUAGCUGGUACAGCACAAAACAGAUGUUGUUGCCUAAUAUCAACAAAUGACCUGCAGCUUUCAGUCUACCAACCAUUUGUCAUCACUAGCAGGACUUGAUGACGGUUUGUUGUCCUCAAAUAAAGUAAAAUGAUUGACACUAAAUUGAUUUAUAAAAUGGCCAGAGGUAGCACAUAAGCGCACAUAGUGUCUAAUUCUUUUGGGCUCAAACAUAUAAAACAUGUCAUUGUCUUCUGCAGAAACUUACACUUCUUCGAGGCUUCAAAACAUGGGGCCAUAAAGUGACUACAUUUAUCACUUGAUUAUUUUUGUAACUAAGCCUUUAUUUUUGUGACUGAUUGCAGAAUGUUUUGUUAGUUUUGAUAGAUAAAUGCAGUGAGAUUGCAAAUGAAUGUGUUUACUCAAAAAGGGGCAAUAAAUCUGGUUUAAAUCUGGAAA